AUGGGCUCCGCAUCCUUGGAAAAGCUUUGGGAAUGCUGCUUGUUAAACGCGCUGCUGGGGGGAAGGGGGAAAAUCCUUCUUUCCCUCCUGGUGCGGCAGGAGGACCCGGAGACGGCGCCACGCGCACCCCAGCCCAUGUCGCCCUCUGACUUCCUCGACAAGCUCAUGGGACGCACGUCGGGCUACGACGCCCGCAUCCGGCCCAAUUUCAAAGGUGAGAGCCGGGGGCACGCGGGGCUCCCGUGGGCGGACUAUCGCGUGAACGUCUUCCUGCGGCAGCAGUGGAACGACCCGCGCCUGGCUUACCGCGAGUACCCCGACGACUCCCUCGACCUCGACCCCUCCAUGCUCGACUCCAUCUGGAAGCCCGACCUGUUCUUCGCCAACGAGAAAGGCGCCAACUUCCACGAGGUCACCACUGACAACAAGCUGCUGCGCAUCUUCAAGAACGGCAACGUGCUCUACAGCAUCAGGCUGACGCUGAUCCUCUCCUGCCCCAUGGACCUCAAGAACUUCCCCAUGGAUAUCCAGACGUGCACCAUGCAGCUGGAGAGCUUUGGCUACACCAUGAACGACCUCAUCUUCGAGUGGCUGGAGGAGCAGGAGGCCGUGCAGGUGGCCGAGGGUUUGACGCUGCCGCAGUUCAUCCUGCGCGAGGAGAAGGACCUGGGCUACUGCACCAAGCACUACAACACAGGCCAGUUCACCUGCAUCGAAGUGAGGUUCCACCUGGAGCGGCAGAUGGGCUACUACCUGAUCCAGAUGUACAUCCCGAGCCUGCUCAUCGUCAUCCUCUCCUGGGUCUCCUUCUGGAUCAACAUGGAGGCGGCGCCGGCGCGCGUGGGGCUGGGCAUCACCACCGUGCUCACCAUGACCACGGCAGCGCAUGGUUGUCCUCCUGCCAAAAGUGUGUCCUGCACCCCGUGCCUGUAA